AAACAGACUCUCUCAGCUCUAUCAGAGUCUGAACAAUGACAAAGAGAAAAUAAAAGUUUCAUGAGGCUCAUUUAACUGAACCUGUUUUGAACAAUUAAUCACCUCCCGUACUUCCCUGGUCCUUUUUCCCUUUCUAAACAUUGGCGUACUCCACUUUUCCCACGCUGUAAUGGAAGGCUCGAGGACUGCUACGACCGCUGAGGACUCUUCGUCUCAGCGGGUUAAUCCGUUUGCGACGCCUGGAGCUGAGUCUACUGAGAAUCCGUUUGCGACACCAGUUGCUGCGACGCCUAUUGCGGAAUCUGUUGCAUCGCGACGGUUGACGCAGAGAAAUACAUCUUCUUAUGAUAUCACUGGGCCGCGUCGGCGCUUCAAGAGCAGUCGUCUUCAGGGCGAGUUUGAGAAGCCUUGGUUAGAGGACAAGAAGAAGCAGUGGAAUUGGGACAGCACCAUUUUUUACACAUGCAUUUUCAUCGGUCUCGGAAUUGGUGGUUAUCUCUGCUGGAAAGAGACCACCGGCGUCCCCAAUCAUGAAUACUGUCUCGUCAUGGACGACACCUUCCAGAACCUCAACAACUGGAAUCAUGAAGUUCAAAUGAACGGCUUCGGAAACGGCGCCUUUGACUGGACAACAGACGAUGAGGCAAACUCAUACGUCGACGCUCAAGGCCUUCACAUCGUCCCUACAAUGACGCUCGAAAGCACAGACAUAACGCGCGACCAGCUCCUCAACGGCUUCACCGUCAACAUGACCACCAACAGCAAAACCUGGGGGAAAUGCACCGCCAAAGACAUCAAGAAGUCCAACGACCGCUGGCCCUGCGCAGCACGCAGCAACGCCACUCUAGGCCAAAUCAUCAACCCCGUGCGCUCCGCACGUCUCAACACAAAGGGCAAAAAGACAAUCAAGUAUGGUCGCGUCGAAGUCACGGCGCGUAUGCCAAAGGGCGAUUGGAUGUGGCCUGCCAUCUGGAUGAUGCCGCAGGAUGAUGUCUACGGCGAGUGGCCCAAGUCAGGUGAGAUUGACAUUGCGGAGAGUAGAGGCAAUGACGCGAGGAAGUAUCCCAUGGGGAAUAAUCUUGUGUCGUCGGCGCUGCACUGGGGUACGGCUACGGAGAAUGAUCGCUGGAGGAGAGCGUAUGGUGAAUGGGGAGGCAAGAGGGUCAUUUACUCUGAGGACUUUCACGUUUACGGUCUUGAGUGGAGUGAGAAGUAUCUCUUUACUUGGCUCGAUGGUCGAUUGAGACAAGUGCAAUUCUUUGACUUCACCAAGAACAAGAAUCUCUGGUCUUACGGUGAAUUCGCCGGCGAGUCCAUCAACGGCUCCAUCCCCGUUGACCCAUGGAGCAGCACCGGUCGUAAAAACACUCCUUUCGACGAGUCCUUCUAUCUCAUCCUCAACGUCGCAGUCGGCGGUACCAACGGCUGGUUCCCGUAAGUCUCUCCAUUUCCCCUACAACCCCAACACCAAAGCCCACUUUUUGAUCUCGCUCACGAUCUCUCGUUUACGUGCGGGGAAACUGUCUCGGCUAACCCACUUUGCUACAGAGAUGCAAUCGGUGAUAAGCCCUGGGCUGAUAGCAGCGAGACCCCUAUGCGUGACUUUUGGAAGGCGAAUGAUACCUGGCUUCCGACCUGGGGACCCGUCAAGGAUCGCGGUAUGAUUGUUAAAUCGGUCAGGAUGUGGCAGGAGGGAGCAUGCUGAGUGGUUGCGUCGCAGACGCGUGUUGGUUAUAAUCUACGGAAUAAUGUCUAUAGUGCUAUCUUUUCUUGGAUAUCUUGCUUUGGGUUCGACCUAUAAUCUUACAUCGAACGGGGGAUCGUUUGGGUCUAAAUUCUUACAGUUAGAUAUGAAAUCGCGAAAAAUCCGUUAUCUAUCA